AAAAUUUUUGCCGAGUGAAAAUUAAAUUUAAGUGUUUUAUUUGCGUUUUUUGUAGUUAUUGAUAAACGUUGUGCUUUAAUACUGUUAAUAACAGUUCGUAACAAUUGAUAUGCCACGUGAUUAUGACAGAGACUACAACGAGGACACUGCCGCUGAUUAUAAGAGGAAGAGGCGUGAUGAUGAGACAACCGGCAGCGCAGCCGACGCGCCGGAGACAGAGGGCGGCCACACAACUAACCACGCCCCCUUGCAUGAUACGCCGCAGCUGAAUGAAAAGACAAAUGCGUACCUGCAAGAAUGCUUACUGGAAAAAAAGACGCUGGAAAAGAAAAAUAUUAUAACAAAGCGGCUGUUAGAUGAUGAGGUGGAAAAAAUACUGGUCAGUGGGCGCAUACCAAAGCCAGAGAUUUACGCGAAUGUUUAUAGCGAAAAACCUAUUAGAGUGGCCCAAAAAGUACUCUUUCCCAUUAAGGAAUACCCGAAAUUCAAUUUCGUGGGCAAAAUACUGGGGCCCAAGGGCAACACAUUGCGCCAGCUGCAGGAGGAGACAAUGUGCAAAAUGGUAGUAAUGGGACGUAACUCGAUGCGCGAUCAUGGCAAAGAAGAAGAGCUACGCAGCUCGGGCAAUCCGAAAUACGCACAUCUGAGCAGGGACUUGCACGUAGAAAUAUCCACAGUGGCACCGCCAGCGGAGGCAUAUCAUCGCCUGGGCUAUGCCCUCUGCGAAGUGCGCAAAUUUAUGAUACCUGAUGCUAAUGAUGACAUACGACUGGAACAGUUGCGCGAAAUGGACGGCAAGGAGCGUAUGUAUAAGAAAUCUCAUCACUACUCCAAAUCUUAUGGCGAACAUAACGCAUAUAGCACCCGGUAUGUAAUUACACCGCCGCCUGCGUCUGCGAAACCCAAGGUAUAUUCCAUAUUGGAGAAGGCGCGCUAUGUUAUGGACGAUCCCAAUUAUGGCAUUGUUAAGGCGCAUAGAUCACGUGAUCAUGAACUCUAUGAUCAUCAUGGCGAGUAUGAUGAUCGUUACGCGACUCCGCCGCCGCCGCAAUCGUCCAAGCACUCAAGCCAUCAUGGACAAUAUGACAGUACCUCGUAUGAACGUGACUAUCGCCGUGAAUACCAUCCGCACUCGACUUCCUCCUCAUAUGCGGCGGCGGCCUAUACAGCAAAACCAAGCAACGGUCGUUCAUCAUCGUCAUAUAGACCCACAGCAUCGGGCUCGGGAACCCAUUCAUCGGCUCACUAUGAGACUGGAUCACGUUCUCGUGAAAGCUUGCGUUAUCGCUCGGCUCCUUAUCCAAAAAUGCGCUAAUUUAUCUAGUUCACAAAUACAACAAAAACAAACCCCAACAACAACCCAACAAACUUAAGAAGUUUAGUAGCGACCAAAACGGAGCCACAAAAUUCCAAGUUAACAAAAUAAAAUUAAUUGAUAAAUACAACCGCAAGCAAUGUUUAAUAAUCCUAAAUAAAAUUACAUGAAACUCAAUAAAGUUGCAAAAAGAAAAAAGAG